GCUAGAAUGGGCAGAAAUUCCCCCUCCAGUCGUGGUAAUGGGGUUAAGACCCCCAGCAUUACAUCUGCUGGAGUGCAGGGCACAAAGUGGCUAGGUAAGUAGAUCAAAUCACCGCGAGUUAAGGAGGCCGGAUCUGAGGGUGCCUAGAAGUUAAGGAGUAUUUGCCCUGCUGUGUGUAAUUGUAUGCCACUCCUGGAGAGGUCCUACCCAAAUAAACAGCAUUCAUCUAUUUCAUUACAAUUCGUGUGUAUCUGGCUCAUUCCUGCACUGGGAUCACCUACCCGCCGCUCCUUCCCCUUGUGGAGAAUACGGCUGUGAAUUAAUGUGCAAUGAUGGCGGCUGUGAGCACGUAUCAUGGGUGUGUCCUGUUGGAUUCCGAAUGCCAGAGACUCUAAAUGGAGUGACCUGCACAGAUAUUGAUGAAUGUGAGGCCUCUUCAUGUGAAGGAACCUGCAUAAAUACAGAGGGAGGAUUCGUGUGUGACUGUGGGCCAGGCAUGAAGCUAUCUACUGACAGGACGAGCUGCUACGACAUAAAUGAAUGUCGGAGGCCAGGAACAUCCCAUCUUUGCAAACACUUCUGCCACAAUACUCAUGGAAGUUUCUUCUGUUCUUGCCGGGCUGGGUUUCUGCUUGAUCCAGAUAAGGUGUCAUGUAUUGAUGUGGAUGAGUGUUUAGACUAUGCCACCUUAUGCCCUCUGGGAAGCUGUGUGAACACACUGGGGUCCUAUUUCUGUGCAGAGAUUCCAGCGGGAUUGCAGACCACAGGCCUCCCUUGGGAAACACAGGCAGCACAUGGGAACUGGAUGCCAUUCCAGCCAACAUCAGUAAUGCCCCAGACAUCUGAGUCACUGACUACUGGUGGCCCUCGCCCUCUCAGGACCAGCACUGAGUUAGCACAAGGGAUUUUCUGCACAACUACUACCUCAGCACCACAAAGCACUUUGGCAAACGCAAACAUCAUACCACAUCCACAGCACCUCAGAAUUGGCCACCCUCCACUAGCUCAGAAAGCCUCUGGAAUUUCCCAUAUGCCUCUGAAAGAAAACAUGAUAGCCCAAUCAGGUACCACCACUGUAUCAUUCACUAACGUGCCAGAUUCCCACUGCUGGCAUAACAAGGAGCUGCAUUUAAGUGGUGCUACAUGGGCAGAACUGAGAUGUACUGACUGCACUUGCCAGGAUGGAAAUGUACCUUGUGAAAAAAGGAUAUGCACCCCAAACAGUUCACACCCCGUCAUGUAUCUUGACAGCUGACGGAUGCCUUUUUGAGGGAGUUUCUGGGGUAGAUGGAGAGCUUUUCCCAAAUUCUCCAGACAAUUGCACAAUCUGCAUCUGCCUGG